AUGAUAAACAAACAACAUGGCCGCAUACAAGGCCAGAAUGAAUAUUUAUAUUAUGCUUUUUUCAGAUUAAAAGCAUUUGAAGAUACUUUAAACAAUGAGAAGAUCGACUUAAAAACUUUGAGGAAGUUGUGUUUCAAUGGUUGUCCUUACGAACAUGGAUACCGAUCAACAUGUUGGAAAAUUUUACUGAACUAUUUGCCCUUAGAUGUAUCACAGUGGAAGGAAAUUCUUCAAAAACAAAGGAAGCUGUAUGGCCACUUUGUGGAUGAGAUGAUAGUAGAGCCAGGGACAAAGGCCUCAGCAGGAUCUCAGAUAGAUGACCAUCCAUUAAACCCCAAUCCAGACAGUAACUGGGGAGCAUUCUUCAAAGACAAUGACAUGUUACUACAGAUCGACAAGGACUGCCGUCGGCUGUGUCCGGAUCUGUUUUUCUUCCAAAAGGCCACAGAUUUUCCUUGUAAGGAGAUCAUUCACGCAGACUCUCGGGUCGAGACUCUCAGGAAGAGGGUGGAACAUUGUGUCCUCCAAUCAGAGAGUCUGCAGGUGGACAGGUUCGGCAAGUCUAAUAUGAUAGCGACGAGAAGGAAGACAAGUGAGGAGUACAUGGUUUUACCUGACGGACAGGAGGCACAUUGGGAGGUUGUAGAGAGGAUACUCUUUAUAUACGCUAAACUUAACCCGGGGCAGGGAUAUGUGCAGGGUAUGAAUGAGAUUUUAGGACCCAUUUAUUACACAUUCGCUUCCGAUCCAAGGAGCGAAUGGAAAGAAUUUGCGGAAGCUGAUUCAUUUUUCUGCUUUACAAAUCUAAUGGCAGAAAUUCGAGAUAUUUUCAUCAAGACACUAGAUCUCGACGCGGAAUGUGGUAUUGGCAGUAUGAUGGCAAAGUUUUCUAAGAAACUGAAGGACAAAGACGAAUUUCUGUAUAACAGAAUACAGGAACUAGAUCUUAAGCCACAGUACUAUGCCUUCCGAUGGUUGACACUCCUCUUGUCUCAGGAGUUCCCUUUACCAGAUGUACUACGUAUAUGGGAUUCCUUGUUUGCUGAUGAAAACAGAUUCAAUUUCCUUAUCUGUAUAUGCUGUGCCAUGCUUAUGAUUAUCAGGGAUGAAAUUAUCAACGAAGAUUUCCCGACAGUGAUGAAAUUAGUGCAGAACUUCCAGUUGUCCAAAGUCGAUCUCCAGUUGGUGCUAUCUAAAGCAGUAGACAUCAGAUAACAGAAAAUCACUCAAACCCUUAAGUGCAAUCGCCUUGAUAUUUGCUGAAAGGGAAGGAUAGCAGACAGCCUUCCAUAUUUAGAAAAGAAAGACUGCGCCAUUGUCCGUGAAAACCCGUCUUUCAUGGCAUUUCUAUUUUUACACGAUGAAUAAGUGUGUGUUGCGGGUCGUCAUAAACUUGAACACAUUGUAUACUCAUGUAUUUUUGAUACAAUGAUUGCCAGAUUGUUUUGUUUAUAAUUUGUUGUUAUGGCAAUAAAGCAAUAUACAUUCCUAA